UCUGUUUAUUGAUAAAACAAUUUUAAUUCAUAGCUAAAAUGCUUCGGCCUUUUUCUGGAUUACUGAAAGUAAUGAACAUGAUAAUCAAUGUUCGGUUCCCGGUCGGCAGGAGGGAGCUGUCGCUUUCCCAUAACAGUAGACAGGCAGGAGACUGGAAGAACCCAGCAAGCCAGCUUGCAUCAGGAAGUGUAGAAGUCGGCGUUCCGAGUGUAACCUUACCUUUCUUCAGCACUCAGGAGUUUUUGCCGCUUUCCUAUAACAGGCACCGGAAAGGACAGGCGGGGUCCUAUCCGUCAGGGUCCUUGAGCUGUCACCAUGGUGAUGGGUCAUACACAGACAGACAGCGAUCUAUCAUCGCUCGGUUCACCAUGUUCACCGAUAUUGGCGGCUGCGAGGAAACGCAGGGUCUCUCGAGCCAAGGAGGAACAACAAGAAAAUUGAAUGCAAAUGCCCGUCCCUGUCUGACAUAUCAGCUACAAGGUAGCAAUAUAAAAUACCAUCUUCCACAGAAACAAUUAUUGCCAAGUGUUGAAAAGAAUGAGGGAUACCUGUCCAACUGGCCUGGACAUGUGGGUGGAGAGAUUGUUCAACAAAAACAAGCAUUUCAACCAUCAAAUGUCAAUAGAUUCCAUGGAUUUGAUAUUACAAAUGUGAACAAUGCCCCCAAACCUCGAUUCUUGCAACAGCUGGAAACACACCUAAGGAAAGAGCUCCAAGUCUUGGACCUAAGUGGGCCCAACGCUCAGGAAGUAACUCUACAAGCUUAUCGUGAGGUUUUUGAAUAUUUCAUCGAGGAUUUAAAAACCUACAAACCAUUGCUAUCAGCCAUAAAGAAUGAAUAUGAAAUUACCAUAGCUCAUCUGCGAAACCGAAUCCGUGAGUUGGAGCCUUUGAAAAGCUUGCUGGUUGCCACAUCAGAGACCUGCGAACAGAGGAUUAUUGCUCUACAAGAAGAGGAAAGGUUUGAAGUUCAAUCACUAAAGAGUGAAAAAAUAGAGCUUCUGGACAAAAUUGAUUAUUUACUGAGGGUGCAAAAUUCCCUAGAGGCUCAGGUCAGAAAACUUCAGGAAGAAUUGGCAGCUGAAUAUGAACGGUAUCGAGAGCAACAUGAUGCACGUAAACUUCUGAUUUCAGAUAUGAAUAAUCUCCGCUAUCAGCAAGAAAAGUCAAAAGAUUCUCAUACAGAAGAAGCUGAAGCAGUUGAGGACACAGUAAAGCUGAAGCUGGCUCUGAAGGUGGCUCGUGAAGACCUCAAGGCAUUGCAAGUGGAGCUAAACGCAAUGAAGGCAGAGUAUGGGGAUGUGAUUCCCAGAAGGGAUUUUGAGGCUUUGGACAAGAACUAUAAUGAGCUGAGUGAAAAGAAUGAAAGCCUCCAGAAGCAAUAUUUUCAGAUGAAACAAGAGUAUACCACUCUGUUAGAAGUUAACAAGCAUAUCACUCUUGAACGAGACAAGCUGAGUGCAGAAGUUGAAGUAUUCAAAACUAAAAUGGCAGGUGGCCUCUCGUUAAGUCAGUUGGAAAAUAUUCCAAUUGAAGCUGAUGAAGACUACUUUGAGGGACUGGGUACUGGAGAAGAUGUUAUUGCAUAUCUGCGUCAUGAUGGUCUAAUCAAAAAUGUGAAUUUAGCCAAAGAAAGCAUAACCAAAGUUCUUAAAGAAGUCUGGAAAGAAAAGAUGGCAUCAGAUCUCCAGAGUGGGACAAGGUCUAGCCUUCCUGAGUUUUUCCAUAACUUUCUCCAGAAGAAGUAUGGAGACUCUGCCUUGCUUUGGGCCUACAACAUUUAUUAUGGCUGCAGGAACCAUCAGAAAGAUGAAUUCAUCAGCUUGUUUUUCAGUAUUCUCAAUGGAAUUGUAGAUGAAAGUGUAUACCAUGGGCAGAUUGAACAUAUUGCACAUGUACUGGAACAACUGAAUCAUUCAGACACCUCCAGAAAGGGAAUUCUUUCUAAACAGGAAUUCAGUCAAACUUUGAAGACAGCCCUCCCUAAUAAGAAUGAAAAGUACAUACAAGAACUAAUUGUUGCUGCAACGACCCAACUUGGAGAUGAGAAAAAAAUUAAAUAUAAUACCUUAUUUGAAGAGAAUACAGAAGGCACAGCAGGAGCUUUUAUUGCAUUGCUGCAAACUCAAUAUACAGCAGAGAAAACUAUAUACCUCGAUGAACUAAGAAAAGCAUUGGAAGAUAAAGAGGAGCUGACAGAAGCUGACCUAAAAAAGGCUUUUCAAACUAUCGAUCCAUCGAUAGAUCCACAGACUUUGGCCACAUAUUUAGCUCAAGGUUUCCAAACAACAAAGGAACAACUUGAUCAAGCUACUGCUGUGGAUACUGACACUGUUUUAGAUCGAUUACAAGCAAGUGACAUAAAGAGAGUAGGACCACGGAAGUAGUCCAAAAGUAUAUUUCAAAUUUGUAAAGAGUUCUGAUGAGUACCGCUUUACAUAUGUUAAUAUUUUUUAAAGUAAACUACAUUAUGGGUGUGUUUGAAUUGAGUCUAAUUUUUCAAAAUUAAAUAACAUAGUACUGACUUCUUGUUCUUUUUGGAACUCCAUAGCUAAACUCUAU